GUUCAUCACAUUGUCAAUUCUUUCAAGUGAUCGUUUUUUACUCGUUUCUUAUUCUUAUUUUAAUUAUUCUUCAAUCAUUUCAUUUUAUUCAUUUAUUGUCUCUUGUUGAGUAUCAAUUCUCUUUUUCUCUUCUUCUUCUAAUUCUUAAAUUUAAUCGAUUGUCAUUUUUUGAUUUUUCUUCUCUUCGUCUCUUGGUCCCUCUUGGUCUCUCUUUCUAUUUUCAUCACUAGUUUUCUCGUUUAUUCUAUUUGGAAAAACAAGUUGAAUCUUUUUCUUUUAUUUUAAAAUGCGUGAAAUUGUUCAUCUUCAAGCUGGUCAAUGUGGUAACCAAAUUGGUGCCAAAUUCUGGGAGGUUAUUUCUGAUGAACAUGGUAUUGACCCAACCGGUAGUUAUCAUGGUGACUCUGAAUUACAAUUGGAAAGAAUCUCGGUUUACUACAAUGAAGCCUCAGGGGGUAAAUAUGUUCCAAGAGCCAUUUUAGUUGAUUUGGAACCUGGUACUAUGGACAGUGUCCGAAGUGGUCCAUUUGGUCAACUCUUUAGACCAGAUAACUUUGUUUUCGGACAAUCAGGUGCCGGUAACAAUUGGGCUAAAGGACAUUAUACUGAAGGUGCUGAACUCGUCGAUGCCGUUCUCGAUGUUGUUCGCAAAGAAGCUGAAUCCUGUGAUUGUUUACAAGGUUUCCAAUUGACACAUUCAUUAGGAGGUGGAACUGGUUCUGGUAUGGGAACUUUAUUGAUCUCAAAAAUUCGUGAAGAGUAUCCUGAUCGUAUAAUGAUGACCUUCUCAGUUGUUCCCUCACCCAAAGUGAGUGACACUGUUGUCGAGCCUUACAAUGCUACUCUAUCGGUUCAUCAAUUGGUUGAGAACACCGAUGAAACUUUCUGUAUUGACAAUGAAGCUCUUUACGAUAUUUGUUUCCGUACUCUUAAAUUAACCACCCCAACUUAUGGAGAUUUGAAUCAUCUUGUAUCUGCUACAAUGUCUGGUGUCACAACCUGUUUACGAUUCCCUGGACAAUUGAAUGCUGAUUUACGUAAAUUAGCUGUCAACAUGGUUCCUUUCCCUCGACUUCACUUCUUUAUGCCAGGUUUCGCUCCUCUUACUAGUCGAGGAUCUCAACAAUAUCGAGCUCUUUCCGUUUCCGAAUUGACCCAACAAAUGUUUGACUCUAAGAAUAUGAUGGCUGCUUGUGACCCACGACAUGGUCGAUACUUAACUGUUGCUGCUGUUUUCCGAGGAAGAAUGUCAAUGAAAGAAGUUGAUGAACAAAUGCUUAAUGUUCAGAAUAAGAACUCAUCUUAUUUCGUUGAAUGGAUCCCCAAUAACGUUAAGACUGCCGUUUGUGACAUUCCUCCUCGAGGUCUUAAAAUGUCUGCAACCUUCGUUGGUAAUUCAACUGCUAUUCAAGAGCUUUUCAAGAGAAUCUCUGAACAAUUUACUGCUAUGUUCAGAAGAAAAGCUUUCUUGCAUUGGUAUACUGGAGAGGGAAUGGACGAAAUGGAAUUCACUGAAGCUGAAUCAAACAUGAACGAUUUGGUGUCUGAAUAUCAGCAAUACCAAGAGGCAACAGCCGAAGACGAAGGAGAAUUUGAAGAAGAAGAACAAGCUGAACAAGCUUAAAGAGAAACUCUUGAUUUAAAGAAGUAAAAAAGAAAAAAAGACAAAUGAAUGAAGUCAAUUUAUUCUAAAUCAUGAAAAAAAAAAUUUAAUUCAACGUCAUUAUUAUAUUGAUAAGAAGAAAUCGCCCCUUGUACUUUUUUUGUUCUUUCUAUUUUCUCAUUUUUUUUCUCCCUUGUCUCUCUCUCUCUAUCUAUCUCUCCCUUUUCCUCUCAUUAUUCUCAACCCACCUCUACCCAUCUCAUCUCCAUCAUAUUUUCACCUCAAAAAAUUAGUUGUUAUCAAGACUUUCCCUUUAUCAUUAACGAGUAAAUCACUCAAAUGCACAAUGAUGAAGUAAAAAUGUGAUGAUUAUAAUCAGAUGUAGAAAAAAACAAAACUUUCAGUAACAGUAAUAAAACGAUUAAUUGAAAUCCUAUCAACAAUUUAACACAUAAAA